AUGUUCGAACAUACAAUGACCUGCUCAAGGAUUCAAGAUUACGACUCACCACAUACGCUGCUGUUUGGCACCUCUGCUUGUCGAAUGGAAAACCCCGAGCAUGUUGGUGAAAGGCGCGAUAGUGUCCUCCGAGGGUUCCACCCGGAGUUUGGAAUCACCCUCUCUUUCCUCCCACUCUCGGACGCGGCGACUGUCGACUCUAUACCCUAUAUAAUACCCUCCCCUCUGCUAUUUGGCCCUCCUCUUCACUCCACUGAAACCACCAUCGUCGACCACCAGAAAAUGACACCCGAUUCCAAGUCGUCAAAAUCCACCACCGUCUUUGCGCGUGACGACGACAGAGACAUGCUGGAAAGCCUCAAGGGCCUGAGUAUAAAAGGGUUCCACGACUGCAACGAAACCCCCACUAUGAACACUCCGUCCUCGACCAGCGCAUCGCUACCCACACCACCAGCUCUCAAGAGCUCACUAGUCUUUCUCGCUUCGGGGGAGGCCCCCUUUAACGGGCACUCCUGGUAUUCCGGCGAAAAGUCCAUCCCACCACCAAACGCCCCCCAGAUGAAGGACCUCGACUCCUUCACAGAUGGCACGGGCCAAGGAAGCUUCGACUUCCCGCUCUCCACGGGCGCUGACGAACCCGCCCGCUACACCCUCUUCUUCCAUCCCCACGACGACAUCGACGACUCCCUCGAGGAGGAGCAAAUCCCGACCCCCAGCACCGCGACCCACUCCAACUCGCUCUCACUGGACCUCCUGCCGCACUCGGGUCCCCUGAACGACACCGUUCUGGCAUGGAUCGAGGGUGUCUCGGCCACGACGGGGUCCCUCACCGUCGACACCACUCCGCGAAAGCGGCGGCGGUCACUCACACUCGACAGCGAGGCUGAUACGAGGAGGGUCCGUGCGUGGUCACCAGAUACCGAAACGGCAUCAACCUGCACCAGCCAGCCCAGCCCCCAUUUCCCCACAUCCCGCCAGGAGCCUGAGGCACCUGACUAA